CCUACUUGUCCGUCCCUUUCUUUCACAUCUAACAAAUUAUUUUUACUUCCUAAUUAAGAAAUUCUCAAGUCACCUUCCUCCCCAAAUCCCCGAAACUUAAUUUCUGCGUAAAAUCCCCAAUUUCUCUCCUCAAACCCUAAUAAAACCCUAAAAUCAUCAAUUUCUUCAAUCAGCCCAUCAAUCAAUCAUCCGCCAUGGGAGGAAGCACAGAGAAACUGAUGAAUCAAAUCAUGGAUUUGAAAUUCACCUCAAAAUCCCUUCUCAGGCAAGCCAGAAAGUGCGAAAAAGAAGAGAAAGCACAAAAACUCAAGAUCAAAAAAGCCAUGGAGAAGGGUAACACUGAUGGUGCAAGAAUUUGCGCAGAAAACGCAAUUCGUAAGCGCAAUGAACAGAUGAAUUACCUUCGUCUUUCUUCUCGACUUGAUGCGGUUGUUGCGCGCCUUGAUACUCAGGCUAAGAUGCAAACUGUUUCCAAAUCUAUGGGUUCCAUUGUUAAAUCCCUCAAUUCUUCCCUUACUACUGGUAACUUGCAAAAGAUGUCAGAAACAAUGGAUCAAUUUGAGAAGCAAUUUGUCAAUAUGGAGGUUCAAGCAGAGUUUAUGGAGAGCUCUAUGGCUGGAUCAACAUCUCUUUCCACUCCUGAAACAGAUGUCAACAGUUUGAUGCAGCAAGUGGCAGAUGAUUAUGGUUUGGAGGUAUCAGUUGGUCUUCCACAGCCUGCUGCCCAUCCUGUACCAACUAAGACAGAUGAGACAGUUGACGAGAAUGACUUAUCUAGGAGACUUGCGGAGCUUAAAGCCAGAGGAUGAGCUAGCUGGAUUGCUCCAUUUAUGCCUUUGUGAUUUUUUUGUUGAUAAAAUAUUUGUGAACAAUUUAGUUAGAUUGCAUUUAUAAGGUAAAUAAAUUUCUGCUGUAUAUAAAUUUGAUUUGCAUCAGCUUUAUGCUUAAUAGAUUUUGUAUGUUGUACUUGUGUUUUAUGCUUGUUCAUAUACUUCCUGAGUCCUAGGUUGUUGACAUGUUUUCUACAUUUUGCUACUCUGUGAGUGAUUGUUAUGGAGAUUCGACUGUAUAAACUUACAUUUUAUCCUGACUAUAUGUUAUUACCUCUAAGGUCCUUGUUUGUCCUAAGAAA